UUUCUCAAGCACUUUGAGAGGGGAAUAUUUCUUGGAGCAGACUCUAGGCAGCAGCAAGGAGAUCUCUAGAAAGGGCGUGUCCUCCUUUCCCUGGCCAAUCCCAAGGCAGUGGAAUGCACUGUGAUCGCUGCUACGCACUCACAGGGUACCAUGCCCGGAGUGCCUGGCACUGGCCGGCCUCUGUCUUCGCCGUCCAGGAAACAGUUGUUGCCCACUGUUUGCUACAGAGAAGCGCUGCCGCUGCCACCGCCGUUGGACCAGGAAGCGGGUCGGGUGCUUGAAGAGGAGCUGCCGCUGAAGUUCGGCGUGGGGCCGAACCAGGUAACAGAAGGUCUGCCCCGCAGGAGAAUAUGGAACCAGAUUCUGUGAGCAGAGAGAGCCUUGAGUCUGGAACUUCAAGUAACAUAGAGGAAAAAGAAGUGGACACUGGGAGUAGCAAGGAUGCUAUUGCAGAAGAUGAUGUGCCUCCUUGCCAUGAAGACUGGGAAACUGUAUACCUGAAACCUGGCAAAGAAGCCCCCAAGAAGAAACUCUGUGGCUAUUUAAAUAAAUAUUCUGCGAAAGCACCAAUUAAAGCCUGGAAGUCGCGUUGGUUCUUCUAUGACGAAAACAAGUGCCACUUACUUUACUACAGGACAGCACAAGACAUGAACCCUUUGGGAAGCAUAGAGAUAUCCAGUGCUAGCUUUGACCUCAAGGUGGGAUCCGAUGAGGGAGUCUUUGAAAUCAGGACACCCAGCAAAGACUUUAUCCUUAAGAGCAUAACGGUUCCUGGUGGCUGUCCAGUGCAGGGGGAAACUGCUCAAGCAAGCUGUCUUUCAGGGAAACUCAACGCAAUUGCUUGCUUUUCUCUGCUACAAAAACGUGUGGGACUUUUUUCUGCUACAAAAACCUCUAAAAUAAUGGCUGUCAACAAACAGGCCAUGAUGUACUGGUUGCAACAGCUGCAGAUGAAACGCUGGGAGUUCUGUAAGAACCAGCUGAGGAGUUUUGUGGAGGAAAAUGCUGAUUUCUCCCAAUCUGUUAAUAAGGACCAGCUUGAGGACGAACAUGAUUUUCUACCCACUGUGAAAACCCCCACCGAUGUAGUUGGCGUAAAGGCAGCCUCUCUACCAGCACCACAACUUUCUGUUGCUCUCCAGAACAUCUCCCUCAAGCAUCCUUGGAUUGAAAUACAGAACACAGUGCAUAAUCUUUGUGGCAGCCGGCAAAACCGAAAGGACAAUGGUGGUAUGCUUGAUUUUGAGGAGACCCAGGGUCCUCUUGAAAAUGUAACUGAGGAAGCACCUGUGGAGGCAGAAGCUGAGGAUACAGUCAGGGCAGAGAUUCAAAAAGAUCUAAGGAUGAGGCCAAAGCUUUCCUCUUUUAGAAGAACCAAAAAAAUGAAUAGCAAUUUUCAUUAUUUUGCUGAAGGGACAGGAAAGAACAAAGUAGCUUCUCUUCAGCACCAAGUUUGGGUCCUCACAGAAGAUGUCAAAUCUCAGAAGGAACUGGUUAAAAUCCUCCACAAAGCUCUGGAAGCAGCCCAGCAAGAGAAGCGAGAGUCCUGCAGGUACCUGGCCACGGAAAAAGAGAAAGACAGGCUGGAAUUAGUACGCCACAAAGUGAGGCAGAUUGCUGAGUUGAACAAACGGGUUGAGAUGCUGGAAGUGGACAAGAAAGAGCUGGAACAAGGCCUCAUUUUGAAGGAGGAGCACAUCAAGGAGCUGAAGGCACACGUGGAGCUCUUGAUGGACAAGAACGAGGCCAAGCAACAAGUCAUCCUGAAGCUGACGGAGCAAAUGUCCAGAGACCUUCUCGACUCUGUUGGGGAGGCAGAUGCCAUCACCACAGAGACUUUGUACAAGCAGCAGGAAGAGAUUGAACACUUGAAGGAUGACCUAGAUGCAUACAAGACUCAGAACCAGUUCCUGAAUUCAGAAAUCCAUCAGGUUACUAAAAUCUGGAGUACAGUGGCACAGAGAGAGAAGUCCCUUCUGAUGAAGUGUGCCCGUCUGCAAGCUCACAACUGCCAGAUUGAAAGCAAAUAUCUGAUGAUUCUGCAGAAGCUGCAAGGUCUGCCAGAUCUGGCAAGGGACCAUGUGGAAAUGGUGAAGGACCUCAUACAGGAGGCACUUCAGUGGGAUGUAAAGGAAGAAGCUAUUAUUCCUGUUCAGCUGAGCCCAAUCAACCAAUAUGAUGACUAUGGAUUUAUGACUGUUCCUGAAUAUGAAGCUGCAGACUGGAAGCUUCUGGCCAAAAUCCAGGCCCUGGAGAUAAAAUCCAGUAAUCUUCUGAACCACGAGGCCAUGGAAAAACCCCUCUCUGACCGGUGGAAUAGUCUUGGAGAACUGACUCCCUCUUCAGAACUGAAGAGCUUGCUGCGCUGUGGCGUCCCAGUAGAACACCGCCAGAGGGUGUGGAGGUGGAUUGUUAGUUACCGGGUGCAGUAUAUCCGAAUUGCUGGCCGUUACCAAAACUUGCUCAAGAAGUGUGAAGUGGCUGAGCACCCUGCUUCCCGACAAAUUGAGCUGGAUCUGCCCCGCACACUGACCAAUAAUAGACACUUCGCAUCUCCUACCUCACAGCUUAUUCCCAAACUCCGAAGGGUUUUACUUGCAUUCUCCCGGCAAAAUCCUACCAUUGGCUAUUGCCAAGGACUGAACAGAUUAGCAGCCAUUGCUCUUUUGGUCCUAGAAGAGGAAGAAAGUGCUUUCUGGUGCCUUGUUCAUAUCGUUGAGAAUCUGAUGCCUCCAGAUUACUACAGCAACACACUAAUAGGUUCACAAGUAGAUCAAAGAGUCUUCAAAGACUUCUUAUCAGAAAAGCUUCCCAGGCUGACAGCUCAUCUGGAGCAGCAUCGGAUUGAUCUGGGCCUCAUGACCUUCAACUGGUUCUUGGUUGUAUUUGUAGACAGUCUUGUCACUGACAUUCUCUUCAGAGUUUGGGAUGCCUUUCUCUAUGAAGGAACAAAGGUGAUAUUCCGUUAUGCUCUGGCAAUCUUUAAAUACAAUGAAGAAGCAAUCUUGAGGAUCCAGGACAGCCUGGACAUUUACCAGUACCUUCGGUUUUUCACCAAGACCAUCUGUGAUGGGAGGAAGCUGAUGAAUAUUGCCUUCAGUGACAUGAAUCCAUUUCCUAUGAAGCUGCUGCAAAAUCGACGUGCUGCACACAGGUUAAAACUGGAAGCUGAGCUGAGAGAACUGGAGCAGAUAAAAGCCCAGUAUGUGAAGGAACAGUCAAAACAUGCAACCAGUCACGAGGAUGGAGCUGUGAGCGAGGAUGAAGAAGAGGUGUAGCGAGUUUCCUCCUCUCUGCUUGCCUUCAGAUAUAUCCUUCUCUUUAAAAACACAAAACAAAAUGUGGGCCAUUUGUUUCUACAGUAGAAAAUAUGGCACUCUUGAGCAAUAAGUAGAGAUACAUGGGAUUGCUCUCAAAUGCAUCAGAAACAAUUGUGUACCACGCAAGUCUUAUGCUUUCUGGAUCUAGUGCAGGAUGUGCUAUUUCCUGGAUGUCACUGCACUGUAUUACCUUUCUGGAUCAGCUCAGGUUUUAUUUAGACCUUAGCUUAGAGUUCUGUUCCUUUCCCCCCACAUCCAUCACUCCUGUUUUCUUGUCCUGUGUGGUUUCCAAUUUAUAGAUGCCAAUGGGAGAAUAAUUACUGAAACAGUGCCUUGCUAAAUUCUUCCCUUGUGGUUUUCUGGUUUCCUAACCAGGGCUAGCGGUGUGUUUGUCCAUGCGAAGACAAACACAUGCACUUGGAUUAAAAACGGUCUUCCUUGACUGGAUGUAUUAACAAAAAAACAAAGGUUAGGAUGGACUUGCAUAUACACUUUGCACACCAGACAGACAGAAAGCGCGUGCACAACAAUUACUAGCUUAAUAGGCAUCUAUAAAAUGUGUUCAUCAGCCAUUUUAGAGGAGGAUGGCAUUUUCCCAGACAGCAGGCUUUACCUUUCUGUGAGGCUUUACUGCAAGUUCCAAGUUGCCACCCCAAAUCGGUGAAAAAAGUGGAUUUUUUAACCCCACAUAGUUUAGUUGUUUAUUUACGAUCUUAGAUCAAACAAAUUUACCCCGCAUAUAAAUUGGGCUUACAUUCUAACAUGUGAUGAAAAACUCAAAUUGUGUGUGAAAUGCUCCCCAAUAGCUCACAGGGACUUCAGAGUAAAUUUGGACGAUAUGUGAAUACCCACCCUCCAUUCCGAAGGAGAUGCGAACUAAAAGCUGGGUGUGAAAAACUUCAUGCUAAAGUCCAAGAGUUUCCACAUGUGUGUUGCCUCCUCUUCCCUCCUCCUGUUCAUAGAUGUGGUGCCACUCUGCCUACAAGUGAACCCCAAGAGUUAAUGUACAGUAAAUACAUGUGGGGUGCCACACCAGCAAAAAACCUGCGAAGAAGCUGAAUUCCGUAUGGCGCUUUGAAGCAAGAGUAAAACUCGAGUGUAAAGCUGCCUUCUUUUUGAUGAACUAGUAAAUGGUUAAUUGAUCAUUCUAUGAAAUGGCCUUUCCCUGAGGCAUUGUUCCAGACCCUGCUGGGUCAGCAAAAGCUCUCUUACUGAUCCCUGUUCUGGGUCGUUACUAGUUUGGCAAGAAUUCGGUUCAGGUUCAGCACAGGUUCAGCAAAACUAUCUCUGCCAUUUACUCCUUUUCUCAGUACGGUACUGUCAGAGAUGCAGGGGCUUGAACCUGGAGGCUUGGGAUUUGAGAUGGGGACCUCCUUAAAAUGUCUGGAGCUGGGUGUCCUCAGGUAGCUGUCCUCUUCAGGCACUGAAGGGAAUAGGGAUGUGCAACAUCAGUCCCUGUGGCUGACAGGCAGUGUGAAGCAUCCAGAUUGUUCAGGAUACUUGUGAAGCAUCCGGAUUGUUCAGGGAAAAUGCCAGAAGCGUGGCCUUUUGUUCUUGCCUAGCCAGCAGAGCAGUAUUUCCUUCCUGCUGCACUUCAAGCUCCAGGAGCUGAUCUCGGGCCCCGGGCUUGAAGAUCGCUGCACUCCUGAUCUGGUUUUAGGUAUGGCUUUCCUAGGCCCUGGGCUGUCCCUGACAGACAUUUGCUGCUGGCUCAAGCCAGACCUGUCUCGUAGAGAUGUGCUGCUACUUCAGUUUUUCUGUUUUGUGUUAUGCUAGAGCCCAUAGCUGCAUAUACUCUACCCACAUUUGGUUUGCUGAUUUUCAAUGUUGUUUGGUCUACUCCUUUUGAAACUCUCUAGCAGUCUCAGCAUGUUUCUUGGACUGACACUCCUACUUAGCCAUGUUCUGACUUGUAAACUGAUUCAGAGUCACCUACAUUCCAUAAAAAUGUCAUUAAUGCCUGUUCACUAUCAAUUCCAAUGAGCUAAUGAUCUGUAUUUAUUGCCCUUUAUUCUUUUUCCUAUUUUUGAAUGCACUGACUUUCUAUAUUUAUCGCUGAGUGUGUCCUUUUUAACUUGAAGUGGGAUUCCACACCAAAUUCCUAUGUUUCAGGGGGCUAGGUUAGGCCUCCUGAAACCUUCAGCUUUCAUGAGUAACUUUUUAUUUAAGUGAGUUCCUAACCAGCAUAACUGACUGGUUUAUGCUGAUCUUUACCUUUUUAAGGCUGGGGAACUAGCCCUAAAAAAAAAUAAAUCCAAAUAUGCAGAUUGCUGGGUUGGUGCUAUGUUCAUCCUUUAUAAAGCAAGUCCAACUAUAUCAGGAGUGCGUUUUCUUUGGGGCAUCUUAAGGAUUUUAGGCCAACAGUGUGACUCCUCUUGACCUUAAAGAGCUGCCUUUGACUGAGUAAGACGUUGGUCCACCUGACUCAGCACUGCCCACUCAUGCUGGCAGCAGCUCUGUCUCCAAAGUAUCCAACAGAGGCUUAUUCCAGCUCUGCCUCCCAAGAGCCUUUUAGCUGUAGACACUAAGAGCAAACCUAUGAUUCCUGUGCAUGCAAAACAUAUGCUUGACCACUGAGCUAUGGUCUCCCUCCCUCAGGUUUGCUCAGGAAUUAACUUUCAUGUUGACUACUGAACUUUGAGUGUUGAGAAACCUUGCCGUAUCUGUGUUCAGAAGGAGCUGCAGGAAACCUUCUACUACUUGGACGAAACGCCACAAUAACACUGGCAAAAGAAUAAACUGAUAUAGACCUACAUCUGUUCUAAAGUGUGUGAUAUUCAUCUUUAUAAUGCAACAUUCCUGAAGGCUCUCUUCCUUUGUACUGGGUGGUCUAAUUUCUCCCCCUGCCUUACAGUAACUUCCACUUCCUCCAUUCCUCAUAUUGCUUGUUCAAGAUCAUUUAGUUGAUUGUUCUUAUCCUUGGUUUAAAGUAUAUGCUGCUGGUAUAUUCUGAAAAGGGGAAAUAAAAAGGAAUAGAGGUCUCUUAGUGCUUGGUGAAGUGUGUUGCCUGCUGAUUACUUCUGCAGUUUUCCAUAUUCCAUUACCUUCAGUGUGUUUAUAUCCCAACAUUGUGUACCAAAAGGGCUGGUUCGCACAUGCACGUACAUCACUUGAUAACCAACAACUGAAUGUAUGAGUUCACUGAAAAGCAUUGUGUCUGAGAUUAUGUGAGAUGAUAUAAAAUGAAACUUUUGUUUGUACCGUUGGAUAUGCAAUGGCUCUUUCAUACAUUCUUGUGAUCAGUCUUGGAGGCAUCUAGUGCAGGGAUUCUCAACGUUGAGUCUCCAGAUGUUAUUGGACUUCAACCCUCAUAAGCUCCAACGAAAGGCCACUGGGGCUGGCAUUAUGGGAGUUGAAGUCCAAUAACAUCUAGAGACCCAACGGUGAGAAUCCCUGAUCUAGUGUACCCAUGCUUGCUGCUUGUUCUGUGGACGAUUGUCUUUUGAGGAGACCAUUUUCCUAUUACCAUAAUUAUGCUUGUUUUCAUUAAAUGGUUAUUUAAUGUGAUGGUGGUUGCCCUCCUUCUCUGGGACCCCAUUAGGUAUUUGUAAGCACCUUCCAUACAUGCAAGAGGGUCUCCACCAUUUCUGAUCUGAUUACAGCUGCUUGUGCUGCAUUGGGAGCCUCUUCCAAAGUUUGCUGAGCUCUGUGAGUUGCUGGCUGGAAUGGAACUAAUUCUUCGAGACCUUUUGAAGCAGUUAAUGAACACUGUUCUCUGUUGAACUCUUCUAUCAUCUGGGGACUGAUAAUGGCACUGAGGUCAAGAGUCAUCCAGGCUUUUUGACAUUGACUUGGCUUCCUGCUUGAUUGUUUUCCUCCAACAUGUUGACUGGAGUUCUUGUUUGGUGCCAAGAAAAUCUGUAUGUUAAUAUAUUUGAUAUAGAAUGUAUUUUAAAUAUAAACCAAUAAUGUGUAUUACUUUACUUGAAUAAACUAGAAGACUCAUCACUUUCAGAGCAUUUAGUAGUUUAUUAUAUAUUUUACAGAGUGAAUGGAGGAAAGGUAGCCAAAGAGAAAGAGAGUGAUUUUGUUGAUGUAAAUUAAAAUGGAUUUUAAGUUG